AUGGAGCAGACCAAAGGCAUUAUCACUGUCGUUGACUCGUCUACGGAGCAGGAGGACGAGGCAUUGGUCGCGCUCAGGCAGUUACCCAAGGCCUCACAUUUCUCGCUAUCGAGUGUCUUUAGCUCUUUCUCCGCUUCUAGCGACUCAGACCAUGGCACGUCCGAAGUGGCCUUCAGCCCUAAUGUUUUGAUUGAUAUGUUGAUCCAAAUGAAUGCCCACAACAAAAAAUGCGCACAAGAUAUCCAGGAUUACCAACGAUCGCUCGGCCAUAAAGUGAGGGCGCUGGACGGAUAUGCAACGGGAGCUGUCCACGAACUCGUCAGCACCCAUCAGCAGGCUAAAAAUUACUCUGACCAUCUCUUGUCAGUUCAUGCAAUAACGAAACAGGCGCAGACAACAACAACAUUGCUACAUGGGAUCAUUGACAAGCUAACUUUGAUAUCGAACUAUCUACCUGCGGAAGCUGGAGCAGAUAGCCUUUCGAAAGAAAAGUACCCGAACCUUUACCGGUACCUGAACGAGGAAUCCCAUUAUUCGUAUCAUCACCAUCCAGGACAUGAGCGGAGUACUUCAGCUGGAGAGGGCAGUGACAUGCAGGGAUCAAGUUCGACCCCUUCAGGUCUGGCUCUCUUAGGCCAUGUUAGUCCUGGAGGCAAGGCAAGGCGACCUUCGGCGCAAGUACAGCAACAGAACCCAGUGCGGAUAGGAGCAUUGGCUAUACCAAAAGCACGGGCCAGUAUGGCGCUUGCGUCCAGCUCAAUGUCGUAUCUACCCGUCUCUGAUAGUGCUUCUGGUCAGGAAGGGGGCGGCCACUAUGCCAGUCGUUCAUUUGAGGGACCGUCAUUGCUUCUGCGUCCGAGGAUACAGCAUGGCACAAGUGUGGGUAGUCUGCAGGAUCAGACAGCCAAGAAUCUUCAAGUGCAAUCGCUGCCUCGUUCACGCACACCUCAACCGACGACUUUGAGGGCAUCGGAUAACCUGCGCCGACUGACCAGCAAAGCGCCUCCAAACGUCGAUGAACCCUAA